GUCUUAUCCAACGUGGCAAGAUCCGGUCUUGGAGUUGCGUGGGUCACAUCACACUGGAUGGUGGGACCCGAGACGGUGACGGAGGUGCACGUGACCCGCCGCAAGGACAGCUCAGAAAACUUCCUUCCCAUGGUGAGAAAUCAUUACGGCACAGCAGCUGAGGUGGUGACCCUGUUGUUUGCUGAUUGGGCAAAAAAUUGUCGUACACGUGAACUUGUGCCUAUCCAAUUUUGUCUGCCUUUGUUUUUUGUUUGGUUUUUUAAUUUAAGGUCGGGGUUUUUUUAUUUUUUGGGGAUUGAAUUUCUUGGCGUAUUAAUCAAAGCCCAAACAGCCAGCCAUAGUUGAAAUUUGGUCCAAUUGUUUGCUUGAAUUUUCCAUAAUUCUUACACGACAUGAAUAAUACUAACAUGAAAAGAAAAAAGAAGGUUUUAUGCUUCUCUGUAUUUUAUAGGAACAAGUCGUGCAAGGCAAUUGUUUUUUUAAAUUAAGGGAUGACCAGCAGAGAUCAAGCAUGAAAGCAAUUGGAGACAAAAAAUAAAAAUAAAAAGGAUGAAACAUUAAUUAUUCAGGACAAUUUUCAAUAGCCACCAUCAGUCACGAUAGAGGGCUUCAUCUUUUGGGUUGCUGCAGCCUCCUAGGCCGAGACCCUGUUGUUGGAUCAAUGCAUAUGGAAAUGGACUGCUAGUUUCCAUUGCAGGCUUGCGGCCAUAGAAACCCCAUAAAUGAAAAAGAUGGUGCUGCUGCAACUACAUGAUCAAGAUCAAAGGAAGAUGUUAGCUUGGUCAAAAUUAAUUGGUCGUGGCACAAUUUCAUGUAUCUCCGUUUUACUCACUCAAUUUGCUCUCUUUUUAGUUCCUCUCUUCUUCUCAGCCUCUCCGAUACUCAUUCAACUCAUACUCUCAGCUUUAGUUUUGUUGGUAGUCAUGGGAUUUGGAGGGUGGUGUAGGCGGCUUCUUGGAUUCCAUGCAUCAGCACCAGCUUUUGUUUUCUGCUGUAUAUUUUUUGUAUGGGGUGUUUAUAUUGCUAUUGUUCGACAAGCAAUUUCGUGUAUUAUGGACAUUAUGUUCAAUGGAGAGAUGAUCAUGCUCAUCAUUGGUCUAUGUAGGAUCAUGUUAAAGGAUCCGGGUUAUGUGGCACAUGAGUCUUUUUCUUCAGAUGAACUUGAUGAAAGUUCUGUUCUUGGUGUUCAAACUCACAAUGAGAGUUCUCUUUUGCAAAUGAGAGUAAGAUACUGUAAGAGCUGCAAGACACAUGUACAGGGGUUUGACCACCAUUGCCCUGCUUUUGGAAACUGUAUUGGUCAAAAGAAUUAUGUCCUCUUUAUGGUUCUUCUUGUUGGAUUUAUUACUACUGAAACUUUUUACGUUGUUUGCUCAUCCCAGUUUGCCUCAAAAUUUCCGGCUUUGGAAGAAAUUAGAUUGGAGACUAACUUCAUUUCAAUAAUGGCACGAAGCACAUUGCUAUUUUCUCUUCUCCAAGUGCUAUGGCAGGGGCUGUUUUUUAUAUGGCAUGUCUAUUGCAUAUGUUUCAAUAUCAGAACCGAAGAGUGGGUGAACUGGAAGAAGUAUCCAGAGUUCCAACUUAAUGCUUCAUCUUUACCAGUUUUGUCUUUGGGGACGGUCCUUGUAUGCGGGUGCAAAGUUUCGAUAUUUAGUUUGGCAGCGCAUACCUUUAGAGAUCAAUUAGAGGGUGAUGAUUAUAGUGUGCGGAACAUUAGGUGCGUGACUCCUAUAUUGCUGUUAGAUAUUGUGACUCUAAUCUUGGUCAUUGAUAGGAAAAAGCUGAAACGGCAAUGGUAACCAGCAAUCACAAGAAUAUUUACAAAUUGGGGGAAUGAAAUAAUAGAAGUGUUACUGCCCAUUUUGCUCCUGGAGCAUUCCUUAAUUGUUUUGUCUCUCUCAUGCUUCACGGCAGUUUUGUCUUUGGGGACGGUCCUUGUGUGCGGGUGCAAAGUUUCGAUAUUUAGUUGGGCAGCACAUACCUUUAGAGAUCAAUUAGAGGGUGAUGAUUAUAGCGUGCGAAACAUUAGGUGUGUGACUCCUAUAUUGCUGUUAGAUAUUGUGACUCUAAUCUUGGUCAUUGAUAGGAAAAAGCUGAAGUGGCAAUGGUAACCAGCAAUCACAAGAAUAUUUACAAAUUGGGGGAAUGGAGAGAAAAUUAUUACAGUUAUACCAUGAGAGAGAAUAGUUAUUAAAGAAGAAAUGAGGAUAUUGGCCAAAAAAACAGAGGAAAUGAGGAUUUUUAUAAUUAAUGAGGAAACUUGAACUACUAUUUUACCCUUUAUCAUUCCUUUUUUGAGUUUUUGAGAGUGAAUAGGUGAAGGUGAAGUUGCCUGCAAUAGCUAGGCUAUUGGCGGUUAUCAUCAACAGCCAAAACGGCCUUUUAAGAUAAGUUGGCCAAGACAUAUAGUCAUAUUCGGCCUGUUGUGGCAGAAGAGGCAGUCUCCGACCAUGGCCUGGCUUUUUGUGGCCGGUUCAGGCAAUAGCCUUAUCAGAUAUAGCUUGUUGUGGUCAGAUCUGGUGAUACCUUGCUUAACUUUUUGUGGUUGAAUCUGGCCAUGACUAAGCCGGAAAUGACCUUGAUCCUGUUUAUCUAUCAACCCAAAAUUAUUGUCAGCUCGCCCAACCUUUUCCCCUUUAACAGCUAAGAUUGGUGCUGCAAUAUCCAAUGGUUCUACAUGAGGCGUGCAUUUACCUGCAUUUCAUAUUUCACACGUUACAAUCAUCACCCAAUUAGAGGAUAUGGAUGCUUGAUAUGAAUCUAUGGACUACAUGCUUGGGUGUCUAUCCAACUGAAGGACCUAGCUUAGUUAAAUGUUCAAGGCUGCCCUUUUGAUCACAUGAACAAUGCAGAAGCUGAAGCAUUUUCCUUGAGGUAUCAUUUCUAUUAUCUAUGUAAUUGUAUUUGUUUUGUUCACAGAACAGUUAAUUCAAACAAAUCCUUGUCUCGAUGUUUUAGCAUAAUCUAUGUUCUUGUAUUUCUUUUCGCUUUUCUUCUUUUUCCGAGUGAACUUAAAUCAUAAAUUACUGAUAAUUUUUAUACAUCCUGUGGAAUAUGCCCAGCUUAAGUUUAACUAAUC